AUGAGUCUAGACGAGAAAGACGUGAUGAAACCCCGAGAGAGCAUGCUGAAUCACAAGAAACAGACCACUACUAUGAGCGUAACCGAGCCACGCACAGCAGUUCCUCUUCUAGAGAUAGUAGAAGGAGACAUAGAAGAGAUCAUGAUGAAAGGAGAACUUACAGAGAUGAUCUUGCUGAGCCAGGUUGCCCUAAAACCUGAGUUCAUUCCGCAAAUUUGUGUUCUUGGAGAUUCUGGGUUUGUGAGUGUGCUUGAAGAUUUGAUGGAAACAGACGACACCAUGGUGGAGCUAUGUACAACAGUUACUCCUGAUGAGUGGAAUCGUGGGGGUGAAGUGAUUACAAAGCAGAUGGGUGAAGGCAAGUGGAUUCAAGAGAAUCAUGGAACACUUGGGAUCAUCCAGAGGUCACUCUCAAGUUCAACCCUGGAAGCUGAUGGUCAUGAAGGGACAGCUAAGGAGUUGUGGGAGAGUAUGGAAGCUGUGUAUGAGGACAGAUCGCAUCUAUGCAAGGUUUUUGUGGUUAAGCGGGCCAUUGAGAAUCUGAGGCAAGAUGGAGAAGAGCUCAGUAAGCAUCUUGAACGCUUUAAGAGCUUAUGGGCAGAGUUGAAGGCACUCAGACCGAGUACCUCAGAUAAAGACAUACUGAAGAGAAGACUAGAGCAAGAUGAAGUGUUUAGUCUUCUGCUGAGUUUAGAUAAGUCUUAUGAUAAACUGGUCAGGAAGAUCCUCACGGAAGAAGUCCUACCUGAUGUGGAGAGUGUGUGUGGUUUGGUGAAGCAUGAGCAAGCAAAGAUGCAGCCGGAUAAGAGGAGAAAGAUUACUGAGCUAGAACAAGUAAUCACCGGCAAGAGCUUGUAUUCAGCAUACAUAGGAGACAUAAAAGAUGGGGAUAGCUUAACAAACAGACACGAGAAGGGUGGAGCUGAUGAGGUGAUUACCAGAAGAGAAUGGGAUGCAUUUGUAGCCAAAGCGAAAGCACUCACUGCAUCAAAGAAGCAAGGAAGUCAUUCAGUAAGGUCUAAACCUAUAAUUGUGGAUUCUGGAGCCAGUCAUCACAUGAUCAGUGAUAGGAGUCUGAUGGAUGAAGUGAGAGCAGCUACUGGAAAUGUUCAGAUAGCAAAUGGAGAUAAAAUUCCUAUAGAAGGGAUAGGAAGCUUGAAGCUAUUUGACAGGGAGUCAACAGCCUUGUACCUGCCUCAGUUUACCUCCAAUUUGAUAUCUGUAAAGAGAGCUACUAUUGACUUGCAAUGUCAAGUAGUAUUCAGGCCACAGGAGGUUGAGUUUCAAGAUCUUGUUACGGGUCAAGUGAUUGGAAAGGGGAGCAGUACCAACAAUCUAUACCAGCUACAAUCAACUAAGCUCUCUAAACCCUCUAUCUCUAUAUGCAUGAGUAGUACUGCUGAUGGCUAUGAAAAAUCUAAGUACACAUGGGUCACAUUGCUUCCCUCCAAGGAUAGAGUGUUAGAGGCAUUUAUAAACUUCCAAGCUUAUGUCACUAAUCACUAUAAUGCUACUGUGAAGGUACUAAGGUCAGACAAUGGAGUUGUCUCAGCAUGUUAUCUCAUCAACAGGACACCGACGAAAGUUCUGAGGGAUCUAUCUCCAUUUGAGGUACUGAACAAGGCUAGGCCGCAGAUUCAACAUCUGAGAAAAGGGUAUAAGUGCUAUGAUCCAGUAACAGGGAGGGUGUUGGUGUCUAGAGAUGUCAAAUUCAUUGAAGGAAAAGGGUAUUAUGAAGAAAAGAUAUGGGAAGAUUUGAAGGAUCUUCCACAAACGCCAUCAGAUAAGGCAACAAAUCUGAGGAAAAUAUUGGAGAAUCUUGGGAUUAGCAUGACCCAGGAUCAAGGAACAAGAAGAGAACCACCAAGAAGCACAAGUACUCAUGAGGAGGAAAGUGAAAGGAGGUCCCCUCUUGAUCAUGAGGGGGGAAGUGAAGCUGAAUCAGGAGUGCAACAACAACAGAAAAGUGAUUCAGGAAGUCAUGAUCAAGGAGAGACACAAGGAGAAGAGAAUCCAAGAUCAGAUGGAGAUGUGCAGGCUGAUAGAGAGAGUCCAAGAUCAGAUGGAGAUGCGCAGACUGAUAGAGAUGAGCAGGCAGCUAUGCAAAAUCCAGUCGAGUCAGUUGGGAUUCAGGAACCAGAAACAGAGGUUCAACCACUGAGGAGAAGUACCAGGGUAAAGAAAGAUCCAUCAAAUUGGGUGAACACAAGGAUAUACUACAAUGCGGAGGCCGUAGCACAUCCGACUCAAGCAGUAUGUUCGUUUGCAACAUAUCCAGAGGAGCAUGUGGUCUUCAUGGGUAAUCUGGAUGAGAAUGAGAUCCCAAGGUCUUAUGAGGAAGCCAUGAAGCAUAAGAUGGAUCUUCACAAUCAAGUACCGGGCAGAUGGAACUAUUGA